UAUAAGCAUGGUGCACAUAACUCAUUGUCACACUCUGAACAGUGCGCUCCAAGAGUAGACAAACGGAAAAUAAAUACAGCCGAUCUCCAGCAUGAGACCAUCAGGAAUCACGCUCUUUGCACUUGCCGUGCUCGUGUCUCUAAUCUGUGUCAACCAGGUAGAGGCGGCUCCAGUAGUGGACACCUGGGCAUCAGGACUCAUACACCGUGCCAAGCGUUCCCUACUGUGGCGCUGGAACACGUUGAAGCCAGUCGGUGCAGGAUGUAGAGAUAAUUACGAGUGUGGCACAAAUUACUGCAGCAGAAACAUCUGCACAUUCCAGCCUAAAUCUUCUUCAUCCUAACAAGAAUGACUUAUACUUCUGCUGAAAGAAAAUGAAACGAACAUUCUGGGAAACGAACAAAAAUGGACAUGUUUUUUGUUUGUUUUUGUUUUUUUUGUACAAUAACAACUCUAAUGAUAGAAAACUGGAAAAGAAAAAAAAAAACCUGACAAAAUAUCUGAAAUUUAAUUAAAGCACAGAAGCAUUA